UGUUCGUUAUCUUCAUCUUUCAUAGAUGGUAAAAAGAUUCAUGAAAGCUGUCGUACAGAUAAACAAUGCACAGGGGCUCCUAAAGCAGUGAAAUGUCGCUAUGUAGAGGAGUAUCAAGACAAUGUGUGUGCCUGCAGUGGAGGUUUGGAUUGGAUGAACGGAGACUGUAUUAAACCCAAAAGAAAACUUCUAGAAUUUUGCAACGAGGAGGAACACUGCGACUCGGACUUCCAAUGUAAACGAAUUGGCGAGAGAAAUUUUUGCUCCUGUCAAGAGGGAUUCGAGAUCUUCGAUGGAAAAUGUUUACAAGUUGAGGUUUCUCUUGGAGAUGAUUGUGAGGACGACAGACAAUGCACCAGCAUAGAAUGUGCUAAAUGUGUUUACAACGAGACUCUCGGGAACCAUUUAUGCGCCUGUGAAGAGAAAUGUAUUCAAAAUGGCAGAAGGUGCUUACUUUCUAACCGCCGUCUGUAUGAAUCCUGUGAAGUAAGCAAACAAUGUAGAGGGACUCUGAACGCCAAAGAAUGUAGAUAUGUAGAGGGAAUAAAACUCUGUCAUUGUCCAGAUGGAUACGCCGUGUUUGGUGGGAUUUGUUUAAAAGGUGGAGUAUCAUUAAGAGGGAUAUGUAUAUUUUCUGAGCAAUGUACUGGUACGCAAAAUGCAGGAACGUGUCUCUACUACAACGAAGAGCGGGAAACUGUUUGUAGCUGUGAUCAAGGGUUUUUUGAAGAGGGCGAAAAAUGCUUAGAAGGAAUGGUCUCCUCUGGACAGUCUUGUGUAGAAUCUACUGAAUGCAGUAGUAACAGUGAGGUAUGUGUACAGGGAGAGUGCUCACCUGACAAAUCAACACCUGGCGCAGACAGAGAUAAAAGAAUGGUCUCCUCUGGACAGUCUUGUGUAGAAUCCACUCAAUGCAGUAGUAAUAGUGAGGUGUGUGUACAUGGAGAAUCAACACCUGACGCAGACAGAGAUAAAAGAUUUACCAGAAGACUGUUGUUUGUUGGAUUCGGUUCUUUUGUUGUCGGAGUACUUGGUACAGUGUUUGUAUUUAGCUGUCUCCGGAGAAGAAAACGUCGACAUGAGAGGUUAGAUAUGCAAACACAGGAGCUGGAACUCAGCCUCAAUACUUACGUAGUCCACAGCGAGAUCAUUUACGAAUCAGCAGAAAAUAAUCCACCAAGGCUUGAUGAGGACGAUGUGGGGGGGGGGGGGGAAUCGCAGACAUCUGCAGUGCGUGUCUUCACGUUCACCAUAUAGAAAUCUCGGAGCAUCCCGUACAGAACGUUUCUGACGUCACCCCGCCGAUACCUUCCGAAGCCACGGAAUGUGAAUCCCCUGAAGAUCUUGAUACGUACAGUCAUCUUGCAGGGUGGAGAAAGGACUGUGUGCGACAGAAAACCUCCGAAAAGAACGAACUACCACUACCAUCUCCUUCACCCUAAGAUCCUCCACCCUAAAAUCUCCCACCCUAAGAAAGUCAAUCACGCCAGAAGAUUUCUAUAUGUGUGAAAUGCAACUGAUUUAAGGAAUAUUACGACAGACUUGGGUUAAUUCAUAAUAUUUACAUUCACUGAAUCUUUUCUCUUAUAUUUCUUUCGAAAUUGGCAUUGCUUUCAAUAUACAAUGAAUACAUGUUUGUUUCAAACUAGCUCGAUCUGGUUUUCUAGUACCACCUGUCUGCAUAAUCAUUAACAAAUAUGGAACGUCAACAAGGCCAAAGGGUGUAUUGGUUGUUUCGUUUAACGUAACAAAUGGAUCAACCAUAUAUUUUAGAACUUAAUUCUAGUUUAUAUUUUAAAAAAUGUAUUAAAAUAUAAAUAUACACAAUAAAAUGUCUUUCUCUGUUGUUUCAUUGAGUGAUAAAGGUAGCAAUCAUUGCAGAAAAAAAUUUGCAUAACCCGCAUUUUUUCUGUUAUGCUUGCUACCUUCAUCACCCGAGGAAACAACAAAGAAAGCAUUUUAUUGUUUAAUUCAAGUUCGCUAGCAUGAAAAGAAAUAUAAGACAGAAAUAAAUUUUAAUUCAUUAUCCAUGUUUAACAAGUUUUGUUUCAUUUGAUUAUCUUAUUUAUGCGAAAUAAACAUGUUUUUUUUUCUGAGAAAAGUUCGAGAAAACACCAUACAUUUUUUCCAAGGAAAUUAACCAAACUUUGAGAUUGUGCGUUAUACAUGAGGAUGCGUUAUACGUUAGACCCAUAACUAAUGUAUUGCCUGGGGCCUAGUUCCAUCUGAAGCACUGACUCGUGACAGAGAAAUUAAUAAACCGUAAUUUUUAUUUUGAUAAUGAAAUGUUGUACAAGCAGCAAUCAAAUUGCACUUGGGUAUGAACAGAUUUGCAGGGUCUUUCCAAUGUACGAUUGAAUUAUUCUUGAUCCUCCACAAAAGUUUACUUUAUUAAGGUAGUGGACUCACGGCAGGUGUGACAGGUGAAGAGGGGAUGCUUACUCCUCCUAAGCACCUGGUCUGACCUCUGGUAUGUCCAGGGGUCCAUGUUUGCCCUACUCUUAAUUUUGUAAUCUUUAUAAGAGUCACGAGAUUGAUUACUGUUCAUUAUUUUCACCUUUUUGUUCUUUAUGAGGUUUAUGACAAUGCCCAUAUUUUGUAAUCUUCAUUUUUUCAACCUUCAGGAAUGUAAGGUAUCCUAAUAUCCAAGAACACCUUUUCUCAAAGAUGAAAGGCGAAGAUAACGAAAAGUGAUCAAUCUCGUAACUCCUAUAAACAAUACAAAAUAGAGAGUUGGGCAAACCCGGGCCCCUGGAUAUACCAGAGGUGGGCCCAGGUGCCUAGGAGGAGUAAGCAUCCUCUGUCAACCGUGUAAGAUGUAAUGUAUUCGUUGGGCCUUUCUUGUUGUAACUCACUUUGACAUAUCUCUGAGUGGUGAAAUUAUUCUCUUGAUCCCUGAGCCAUAUUGGGUUAAACCACUCUAUCAUGGCAUGGUAGAGCCCAAAUUUUAAAUCUGUCCCCUUCAGUGCUUCCUUUAAAUGACCUGCAGAUACAUGAUGUAAUGGUUAUAUUCAUUAGAAAUAUUGCAAACACAUAAAUCCCUAUAGUUUAAUCCUCAAUUAGAUGACAAUUAAAUAACAUACUCUUGAAUGUGUAUAGAGUUUAUAUAUGUAAUAAUUAGUUCUUUUGUUUUGUGUUGCAACCAUAUAUUGUCCACAUAUUUAUAUGAAAUGUUGUAUCAAUAGUGAUAUUAAUAUUCAUAUCUUCCUAUAUAUUGUAUAGAACUGUAUAUGAAAUGUUGUAAUAAUAGUGACCCACUAGGUCUUGCUUUGUACCGACAUUAGUUUGGGUACAUGCUAUAUCCAUUACAGUGUUUGGAAGAUAGCACAACAUAUCUACGAAGAAAAGAGCAACUGCUUUGUCGAGUUGGAACGAAUUAGUGAAAUACAUAUUUGUUGGAGUCAAAAUCAACAAAAUGUAAUAAAGCACGUUUUCGCCAUUCCAUGUGAUGUUAAUUUGUGGGAAAUUUGAUUAUUAUCAAUUUGCAGAUAAAAUAGUAUUCUGGACUUUGUUUCAACUGAAGAGUAUAUUCAGCAUGAUCAACCAAAAUAUCACAAAUUAGGGCGGCAUAUUGCCAUAACAUUAUGGCUGAUUUCCUUUCACAAAUGCAUAGAUAAAACCAGUCAUAUAUAUUUUUCUUCUGUUUCCGUCCAGUGGGGUUAAAAUGUAAGGUUGUCGAUCUGAACUAGAGUCCCUCAAGUGAUUUUGAUUUCUUUCACCUUGUGAUCUUUAAAAAAAAAUACAACUACAAUAUUAAAUCAAGUAAAUGUUUCAAUUCAAAAAUAUUGUGUGCAUCUGUUUGUUUUGGUGUUUUGUACCUCUUUGAUAAAGAGAAUUAAUAGUACUGGACUUCUUUCAUAAAAUAGACGAUUGCGGUGGGUUAAGAGUAUUAUACUUCUUUCAGAAAAUAGACGAUUGUGGUGGAUUUCCUCUAUUCAAAGUUAUCUUUGUUUCUCUAUCUUCUGCUAAGCAGAUUUGAUUUUACCGAUCUUCUUUUUGAAGUGAUGCAUGAAAAGUAAAUGAAUAACGUUGUUGAAUGACGUCGCAAAUAUUUGUAACGUCAUUUAUUAAAAACUGCUGCUUUGAUGGUUUUUAUCAAACAUUGACAUCUUUUUCUUUAAAAAAUGAACUCGAUUACCCCAUAAUUUUUUUUCAUGAAUAUUUUUUGAAUUGUUUUUGUCGCGCUUUGAUCUCAAUAUUAUCAAGAUUAACAGCACCAAAUUCUGUCUAUUUUAACUUGAAUAAUGCCACGAAUAAAGUCAAUCAUUAUAAUUUAUAUAUAAUUCAAUGGAAAACAGUGUUGCCACCGUUCAAACAAUAGUAUGUUGAAGACGUAAUUACUAAAAACCUAUGCUGUUGAAUGGAAAACGAUUUUCACAGAGUAGUAUAUACAUUGUCAAGAUACAUCGGUCAGAUUUUCAGGUGGGUGUUUCGAGCUAGAAAACACGGUCUGUAAACCUGCGACCUCCGGUAAGUUAGAUCGAUACUCGUGUGAUGGCAUUGGUUUUUUCAAAAAUCUUGAUAACAUUAAACUUUGCGCAUAAUAGAAACAUCUUUUAGAAGAAUUUUAUUCACUGAAUAUGAUAGAACAUUUGGUAAACUAUUGAUUGUGAACAUGUUGAUUUUUCCAUACAUAAUCAAUCAUUCAUAAUUAAAACAUGUUGUCAAGGACAAAAACCCAUCCUUGUAUUCCCUCUACUGUAUGUCUAUUAUACAAUGAUUUUCUUAAUAUCCACAAUUAAUUUAUAUACAUUUAUGAAUUAGUAGUUUUUGUAAACGGUUGACGUUAAGAAUGAGUCAUUUUCACAAGUUUUUAUCUAUAUCUAUAAUUUUGUUUUACGAGAAUGUGUCAUUUUCUUAUGUUGACCUAUACUUCUGUUUUUGUAUGUCUGACAUCUUAAAAAAAGGUGGUGACAUACACAUUUUCUUUGAUUAUUAAUUAAAUGAAACUACAUUGAGUGGAAAUUAAUACGGUUUCCCCACUUUCAACCAUUGAUAUUGAUAAGUCACACGAGGGUGUAGCUACCUUAAAUCAUUUUGAUUUCGGCAUACUAUAAAACCUGGCCUGUCCCAUUGACCUGGCCUGGUCUGGCCUGAAAAGUUGGCCUGGCCAUAUAUUUGGCCUCUAGAAAUGGUUUGGCCUCAACCAAUACUAAUUGUUUAAUCUAAAAUUUCGAUUAAUUUCAUUGAUUUAAUAUCGGGUUUAACUUUUUUCAAAGUCAUAGCAGAUAAUUGAUAUAUUUCUGUUGUUUUGUAAAUGUACACAUUAAAAUAAACUUGAACUACCACCAAUCUAAUGGAUCCUAUUGAAUAUCUAUUGAUCAGUUCACUGAUUCAAUCAAUUUUUUCUUCCGAACUUAUGUACUAGUACACACAGUACUAAACAAUACUAAAGAGUUGAUUGGCGUAUUGAUUUUUUAGCAUUGAUUGAGGCCCAAAACAUUUCAGAGAUCAAAUUUGAGGCCAGGCCAACUUUUGAGUCCAGGGCAACCUUCGAGACCAUGCCGAAAUUUGGGUUGGCGCCAAAUCAGGCCAAAAUUGGACCCAGGCCAAGGUUUCUGGUAUGCCUUUUAAUUUCUGAUUUCAGAUGCUUUAUGAUAUAUUUGUUAAAUUGUUUAACUUCUGAUACAAAUAAAAAUUUCAGUUUACUUGA